AUGGACGAAAUCACCCAAACGGUUAUGACUCAAACGGCUGUCUCGAAACAAGGGAACAAACUUUUGAAAUUACCGAAGAAAUGGCCUCAAGCAAGAGCAGUAACCGUAAAACGCAAGCAGUCGCCUGAACGACCCCGUGCCAUCAAGACUAUGUCGAAAGUAAAGCCUUCGAUUUCGCACAAUUUCGUGGAAAAUUUGUUCAAGCAGACGAGAUUUACCAAGAAAGAAAUUAUUGGAUUGUGCAAAGUAUUCAAGAAACUCGUAACCGCUUAUGGCGCUGAGUCCACUUCGACGGUGGCGGCCAUGAGUUCCGCUGUUUUGAUUUCAGUGCCCACACAGGGGUUCGACCGAAUAAUGUUCAGGGAACUGUUGCAAAACGAAUUUGGCAUUUCCACCGAAGAGAUCCUGACCGACAGGAUAUUUUGUUUCUUUGAUCUGCGUAACGACGGCGUCAUACACGAGGAUGAAUGGGUCACAGGGCUAUCAGUUUUACUUAAAGGCACUCAAGAGGAACGAAUCAAGUAUACCUUUACCAUAUACGACCUCAACAAUGAUGGUUACAUCAGUCGAGAGGAGAUUUUCAAUUUAUUAAGGAAUUGUCUUGUUAAACAUCCUCAAGACGAGGACCCGGACGAAGGAGUGCGAGAGCUGGUGGAUAUAGUUUUGCGUAAAAUGGACCACGACAACGAUUCCAAGUUAUCGUUUGAGGACUUCUCCUCUUCGGUUAAUCACCAGACAUUGUUGUUAGAAGCUUUUGGUCAGUGUUUGCCGUCCAGAGAAGCAUCAGAAAAGUUUCUAAGCUCCAUUACCUUUAUUUGAUGUACAAAACGGACAUUAUUGGAAUUUUCAUAUGAAUACGAUAAAAUAAAAUUAAUGCUAGAAAUAAAAAACAAAUAAUGUCUAUACAAAAACAUUAUUUGUAAGUCCAUGCAAGGUCUUACUAAAUUCAUAGCAUAUUUGGCAAUAAAACAAUCAAUGAUCCGCAAAAAUUAAACAAAUUACAUUUUUUGUACUAAAUUUAGUCCGCAAGCUACAUUAAAUGAUUUAUGGUCAAAUACAUUUCCUCAAGGUUUUCAUUAAUUAACUAAU